AUGUCGACAGCAAGGGCAAAGUUGGUCAUCAGGAAGCAAAUCGUCAGGUCAUUCAAGAAGCAACAGCUCACCCUGCAGGCCGAUGCAAUGACCUUUCUCGAAGACACCCUCGAAGCACAGAAUGUACCUCCUGAGGACCUGAACGACACCCUCGACAACAUCGUUUCCGGAUAUGUCGCUCGCGAAGGACUUAGUUUGGUCAGCAGGGCGAGACUGGAGAUUGUCCUGGAGAGUAUGCAAAAAUGGACCCAUCACUUGCACGAAAAGCCAACUCGAAAUACGCUAGACCCUCACAAGUCGCAGCAUGCCCUUUCACAGUCAACAAACCACUCUCCGUCACAGCGCCUCUACCAACACUCUCAGCAGCGACCUAACCCAGAGGACCUGGAGUCGAUCGAUUUGGACUCGAUGCGUGACCGGAUCCACGAGAUGGAGGGCGAGCAGCAUAUGGGAGAACGGCAACAGUACGGCGAAAAUGAUCUUUUCAUGGAGGAAACUCAAGACGGGAUGUCACAGAUGGAAGGACCUGCAGACGACGAUGCAGACGAUGUCGAUAUCACCGAGAUGCUGCAUGUCAUUGACGCCUUUUCGAUGCCUCGCUGGCGUUGGGCUUCAGACAUCAAGACUUUCACCCGUGCUGAGUCAUCCGCAUCAACUAACCCACAGGAAUCUGAUGCCCAACGCAACGGUUCGACUCGCGCCGCCACUACUUCUAGCACCAACCACGUUCUCGGACAGGCAGAGGAAAAGACGGCCAUGUUCAGGGCUCGGUAUCAUGUCUUGUUGCAACGAAUCAUGCGCAACGAGUGCUUUGCGCCACCUGUCUUCACGGGAGGAAUGGAGCAAGACCGGUAUCUUAAGCUGACACCCCUCAAGGCUCUCAAGGGACGGUGCGGCGAGAGGUUCUUGAUGUUUGGAAUGUUGGUCCAGAUGGGUGACGGCAAGUACAGUCUGGAGGACGCGGAUGAUCGCGUUGAGCUUGUCAUGGAUCACAGCCAAAACUCAGCGGGAUUGUUCACGGAAAACUGCUUUGUCCUAGUAGAGGGACAAUAUACGGACGACAACGUUAUUAUUGUCGAAACGAUUGGAUUGCCUCCUCCAGAACUUCGCGAUGAAACAAAAAGCGAGGAACAGCUCAAGGUCAUUGCACAGGAGUACGAGGACAUCUCGUUUGUCAUUCUCUCGGAUAUCUGGCUGGAUCAGCCAAAGACGUUUGCUACGCUGCGGACUAUCUUUGAAGGCUACUCGAAUUCGACACUGCCUCUGGCGUUCAUCAUGUGCGGCAGCUUCAAGUCCCAGCCCUUCCUUUACAAUGGACUCGAGUCAGGCCAGUACCGAGAUGGCUUCAACACGCUUGCAGAAUUAAUUUCUGAGUUCCCCACCAUGGCUACUUUCAGCUACUUCAUCUUUGUCCCUGGCCCCAAUGAUCCUUGGGGUGCCAGCAUUCUGCCUAGACCCAAGAUUCCUGAUUUCUAUACUGCCAAGAUCAGGUCCCUUGUGAAGCGAUCCAUCUUUUCUUCUAACCCAUGCAGAAUCAAGUACUGUGACCAGGAGAUCGUUAUUUUCCGUGAGGACAUUCUUAAUCGACUUUUGCGCAACUGUAUCGUGCCUCCUUGUGGCGAUGUUGUUAUCCAAAAGCAGCUCGUCAGAACCAUCAUUGAUGGUGCUCACCUCUGCCCUCUGCCCCUCACAACGCGACAAGUCUCAUGGGCUCAUGACCAUGCACUUCGAGUCUACCCUAUCCCCGACGCUCUCAUUUUGGCAGACAAGUUUGAGGCGUACAACUUCAAGUACCAGAACUGCCAUUGCAUGAACCCAGGAAGCUUCCCAACCAGCGAUUACUCUUGGAUGGUCUACUACCCAGCUAGCAAGCGCUCCGACAUUUGCCAAAUACCCAAGCCUGUGCGAUAG